CCGCCUGAUCUUUUUCAUCAGCUCUUCUUUCUCUUUCUCUCUCAUAGAGAAAUUUAGCCAUGGAAGUGACGACCGUAGCUUCACAUUUUUUCCCAGUUGCGCGCGUUUCUUCGCCAAUGAAUAGCUCCCGAAAUUCGUUUCAAGCCCGAAGUUUGAGUUCAUCCUCUCCUAAAGCUUCACUUUCAACUAAUUUCAUUUCUCAUUACUCCGGCGGCAGUGUCACUGCCGACUUCUCCGGUCAAAGGAUCCGUCCUGCUUCUCUCAACCCCAAUUUCUCUUCAGGAUCUAGCGGAAAGCGGCCGGUCGUCACCAUGGUAAUUCCAUUUUCACGAGGAAGUGCAUGGGAGCAGCCUCCUCCAGAUCUAGCAUCUUACUUGUAUAAAAAUCGCAUUGUCUAUUUAGGCAUGUCUCUUGUUCCAUCUGUUACUGAGUUAAUAAUGGCAGAAUUUCUUUACCUCCAAUAUGAAGAUGAAGAGAAGCCAAUUUAUCUUUACAUCAACUCAACUGGCACAACAAAGGGUGGAGAGAAGUUGGGUUAUGAGACAGAAGCUUUUGCUGUUUAUGAUGUCAUGAGCUAUGUUAAACCACCUAUUUUCACACUAUGUGUGGGUAAUGCUUGGGGAGAAGCAGCUUUGCUUUUAGCUGCUGGUGCAAAAGGCAAUAGAUCUGCGUUGCCAUCAUCAACCAUUAUGAUGAAACAGCCAAUUGCAAGGUUCCAAGGGCAGGCGACAGAUGUGGAGCUUGCAAGAAAAGAAAUUAAGAAAGUGAAGGAAGAAUUGGUAAAAUUGUAUGCUAAGCACAUGGGAAAGACUGUUGAACAAAUUGUAGAAGAUAUAAAGCGGCCAAAAUACUUCAGUCCAAGUGAGGCUGUUGAGUAUGGCAUCAUUGAUAAGGUUGUUUACAAUGAGAAGGGCACGGAAGAUCGAGGAGUGGUUUCUGACCUGAAAAAAGCACAGCUCAUAUAGUGUUUCAUGUCUCUGAGAUUUCAGAUCAGACCAGACCAGUUUGGCAUCAUCUUGUUGUUACUACUUAGAAGCCAUUUGAUGAACGAGUUGGUUUCAAGUCCUGCAUUUCACUUCACUGUAGAAGGUUACUACAAUACAACCACAACUAGCCUGCAGAAAAGAUGAAAAAGCCGAUUGUAGGGAUAUUGUUUUUGUGCGUUGCUUUGAUUAAUACAAUACUCUGUUGUGACAAAAUUCAACAAGAAAUUAGGAUAAUGAAUUUUCCAGUUAAGAAUCAAGUAUAUUAGAAGCCGUGGCAUUGAUGAA